UUCAGUUUCGCGGUAAUGUGCCAAUCAGCAUCGCAGUUAAACAGACGAUGCGUUUUCCAGAACUUACCGCACAUGCGUGUAUUUGAUGCUUUUCUGGUUUGCAAAUCGUUCCAUUUCACAUAAAAUUCUGACGUUUUCCGAAUAAACAAUUGUUGAAAGUCACUUGUAAAUAAGUGUUAGCACACAAACCAUUCCCAGCCACUAGUAUAAUUACCAGCGUAAUGUAACUUCUAACGUAUCUUGAAGAUGUCAUUAAUCAACUGUAAAUUUACCAUCAAAUCAAUGAAGCUACUGAUUUGCUUCAUUGGAUUCUCCUCACUUCUACUACUGAUACUGUGUCUCUAUAGCACACUAAACACCCCAGAGAAAGUGGUUCAACCAUUAAUUCCUAGCACCGAUCAACAAGUCAUCAGUUUUGAGUUGCUGCGAAGUCAGAACGCAGCAUUGAUUCCAGAAAAGUAUAACGAACAUGAGGUCAAAUCCCGUAUUAUAAAGGAAAAAAUUAAACGUCUGGUUGCGGGGAAAAAUGCAGAAUCAACCACUCCUGUUCGAAAGAAUCGCACCAUCGCUUUGAAUAGAAAUAUACAAAUUUUCUACUACGCACCGGUGGCUUGGUAUAAACCUCAUCCAACUUUACCGAGCGACAAGGUAAUUCGUUUAAUUGAAAAUGGAUCGGUGUCCUUCCGCCCAAAUGACGAACAGGUUAUAAACAUAGCUUUUUAUCCAAAGCGAAAGUUGUAUAACACUACAGAAACCAUGGUGCAAGAGCAUUUUCACGACAUUCAAAACUGCGGAAUAGGAGUAGUGAUCCUCGUGUGGCAUCCCAAUUUCAAUGAGGGUUUAUUGAUGGCAAUCUUCAAAACGGCAACUAUUCACAAUUUGAAAAUUGCUAUAGAAAUCGUAGAAUAUCCUGAUCGUACAAUUGAAAGUAUUCGAAACAACAUCAAGUAUUUUAUAGAUUUAUUUGGUAAAGAUCAAGGCAGUAUUCUGAGUUAUUUUAAUGUUCUCUCCAAAAAACUCAAUCUUCCUAUAUUCUAUAUACGUAAAGCAUACCGAAUCAGCGACGCUGACUGGAUGAGGAUACUGACACGGAAUGGGAUUUUGACCAUCCGUGGUACCAAUUACGAUGCUAUAGUAUUAGCACACAUUGGUAGCAAAGAUCAUAAAUCAAUCGUGCGACGAGGUGGAUUCGAUGGAUUUUACACUUACCUACCCAGCAACGGAGCAAACUAUGCAUCCACGUGGAAAAAUUGGUCGCAGUUGAAAAAGUUUGCCGACACUUACCAUUUGUUGUUCGUUCCCACCAUAGGUCCCGGCUACUAUGACCGUAAAAAGUACUCUCGAAGUGGGCACCAAAAUCACGGCAUCAACAACAUAAAGAGAUAUCGCUCAAACGGUCAAUAUUUUGAUGUGGCUUGGCGUACCGCUCUGAAGAACAACGCUCAACUGAUAACGAUUAAUAGUUAUAAUAACUGGGUCGAUGGGACACAAAUUGAAGCCGCGAUUCCGGUGUUUGGCUUCCGGGAUUAUCUUCCAGGAUCACCCGAAAAGUACCUGGAUCUCGCACAAUCUUGGAUUGAGGAAUUCGUCAAGUACAAGCUCAACAGUAUUAAACUCAGUAGAAAAAGUGAAAGUUCGUUGAACUGUUAUGAUUUCAUUAAUAAUACCAUUUGCUAGGUUGUAAUUCAAACAAUUCAUCAACUUCUCUCGUCAAUAGAAUAGAUGCAACUGGUAGAGAUGGUCGGGUAAGCAAUGUCCUAAACCCGAACCCGAACGAAACGCAUAAACUUUUACCCGUACCCGAAAGUAAUUUUCCUUCCAAAUCUGAACUCGACAAAAAAUAAAAAUCCAGACGUACCCGAAAUAAAUUGAGUAGUCGGGUUCGGAUACCCGAAACACGACAACAGUUUUGAAUUCAACCCCAACUCGUACUCGUUAAAAAUUAAAAAAACCCGUCAUUGGAA